UUGCUGGCUUCAUUCUCUUCUUCGUGCGCCAGCGCAAGAGGGGCCGUCUCGAACACGCAUUGGAUGACGCCAAGUGGAACACCGAGCGGACGGAGAUGGACAACUUCCAAUCAAAUUGGAAACAGAGUGAAUGGAGAAGUAGAUCGGGCUACAAACCGGUAGCAUAGCCGGGUUUCGGUCAUCUAGACCGAUGGGCCCCGCGUUCGACGAUGAAAAUGAAGGCUUUACUUACACACUCUGGUUGCGCAAGUCUCGAUCUCUGGUUCCUUGCUGCCCCGGUCGGCACGGUAUCGUUGGGACAAAACGGACCAGCCUCGCUCCUGCUUUGCUGGCCAAGGCUGCGCGCGAGCCGUUCUUGCCUCUUGAGCUUCUGGUGAUCGUGCAUCUGUUACUGCCACGAACUUCUUCUCUCGACCUUCCUUGGUCUUUUUUUGUUUCUUUCAUCCUGUACACUUUUGCGACGGUUCACACUUCUUCCUUUUUUGUUUCAUUCAAACUUCGCCCUCCCCCCCCCCCCCUUCUUUCAAAUCUCCAAGGGCCUCGCGGCCAACCAUUAUCCUCUACUUCCUGUAUAUACGAAUCUAUGUUGCGUGUGGUCCGAUAAAGCCACGCCAUUACUUCGACUCAUUCUCCAGAGUGGGCGCGCAGGAGUCCUUUUUGUUCACGGAAUCGGGCGAGGUUGCUAUAUCGUACCACUUUUUCACAUCCUGAUAGAUCUCAAUAGACUUCCAACUCCUGUCAACUCUUUUC